CGCGAGAUCUCUGCAGAGCGAAAGGAUGGACUGAACUCUGACUGGAGGCCGGGCUGCUCCGGAACCACCCCGACAGCCUCCAGAAAGGGGCGUGGUUAUAAUUUAGGGGCGUGGCCUUGCAGGCAGCAGGAAGAAGUUACCUGUUGAAUCUUCCUAUCCAUUCUCUUCCCAGCCUUUGUAGCUACCCCUAAGAGGGAAGCCGUAAACCACUAGCCUCUUCUGAAAAAGAGGUAAGGGGACGUAGACAAGGGGCAGCGAAGGAGGCUACUGCAUUCCUUAGGAGGGGCCAAACAGCUACUUUCUACCUGCUGAGUCAGGUGAACCGUUCCAUGGGGGCGGGGACCAGCAUAUGAGAAAAGGGCAAGGACGGAGGAGGUGUUUAUUUGUUCCCUUUCAAGACUAAAUUUAGGGCCCUUCGUCUGCAGACCCAUUGGCGCACUGUGCCUUGGGAACCCUCUUGGCCUCUGGAAGAGAAAAGAACGGGGGCCAGUUUUCCGCAGCAAAAGGAACGGCCCCUCUGGGCUUCCUCCCGUCUGUGUAUUUCCUAGCCCCAAAACGACAGAGCCAUAUGGCUUCCGCGGUCUGGGGGAGUGCUCCCUGGUGGGGCCCACCGCCCCCAGCCCCAGCCCGGCCGCUCACGGACAUCGACUUCUGCUCUGGGGCGCAGCUGCAAGAACUAACCCAGCUGAUCCAGGAGCUGGGUGUGCAGGAGAGCUGGAGUGAAGGUCCCAAGCCAGGACCAGAUCUCCUCCAGGCCAAGGACUUUGUUUUCUCUUUGCUUGGUCUCGUUCACCGCCGGGACCCUCGCUUUCCUCCACAGGCAGAGCUCUUGCUGCUUCGUGGCGGGAUUCGCGAGGGCUCCCUGGAUCUGGGGCCUGCGCCUCUAGGUCCCUACGCUCGGGGACCUCACUACGACGCCAGCUUCACCCUCCUGGUGCCCGUGCUUUCGCUAGAUGGCACUGGGCAGGAGCUGCAACCGGACGUGGGAUCCUGUUACGCAUGGCUCUUCCUCCCAGAGCAAGUACGCGGAACCUCGGUCCGGGAGGCAUGGCAGGAUUGCCUAGGACCCCCAGUCCCAGGAGGACGUGAUUCGAUCCACCCAGCCCAAAGCAAACAAACUCCCAAGGAUCCGCAAAUCUCCGUGGACCAGCUGCACGGUGACGUCACUGAGCCUGAGGCACACGAGUCUUUGGAAAAAUCACCUAGUAAUGUUUCAGUGCCAGAAUUGCCUCAACAAGACGUAACCGAUGUUGACUUUCCUUCACCACUGAAAAAAACGAAUGGUGACGUCACCAAAGCAGCCGACGUUAGCCCAGUGCCACAGCCGUCGGAGGCUCGGGAGGCAUGGCCCACAUUGUGCCCCGCCCAGGUGGCUGCCUGGUUCUUCGCUUCGCUGGCUGCGGUCGCUGAGUCCCUGUUUCCGGUCCCGGGUGCCCCGCGCUUGGUCCACGCAGCCCGCCACGCGGGGGUCACCACCAUCCUCCUGGCUACGCCCGGGUCCCCGCGCCGCCUCCUGCUUUUCGACUUGAUCCCCGUGGUGUCCGUGGCCGGCUGGCCCCAGGAGGCUCGGAGCCACUCGUGGGCCGGCCCGCUGGCCUCGGAGUCGUCUUCCUUCUACCUGGUGCCCGGCGGCGGCGGCACAGAGCGGCCGGGCGCCUCCGGAUGGCAGCUCUGCUUCGCCCGCCAAGAGCUGGCGCUCAAGAUGCGCAUACCCGUUCCCCUGCUGCAAGCGCACGCGGCGGCCCAGGCGCUGCUGCGCCCGCUGGUGGCCGGGAUUAGGGUCGCGGCGCCCUAUCUCCUGCGGACGUUGCUCUACUGGGCGUGCGAGCGGCUGCCCGCGCUCUAUGUGGCGCGACCCGAGAAUGCGGGCGCCUGCUGCCUCGGGCUGCUGGAUGAGCUGGGCCGGGUGCUCGAGGCUGGGACGCUGCCCCACUAUUUUCUGAGUGGCCAAAAGCUCGGUGCGGGGGACGGCGCCGCUUCGCUGCUUGGGGCGUUGGCCCUGCUUCGCAGGGACCCUGCCCGCGCCCUGCGCGCCGCUGUAGAAGAGGCCAAGGCUGCACGCAAGGGGGGCGGCUUAGCCGGCGUGGGAGGCGGGGCCCAUUAAAGACGCUGUUCCUACUAACCUGGAAUGUGCUUCUGUUGGCCAGCGGGAUGUGGAGGGGACUGCUCUCCCCUCACCUGGGAGACAGGCUGAGCGCCUUGGGCCCGAAGAACCCGUUCUAGAAGGCCUCCUCGCCGGUUCCUCCGCUUCCUCCCACCCUCCUCCCGCCGCAUCCCUGGCACAGGUCGUUCCAUUCUGGCCUCUCCACUUUCCAAAUCUGUGGCCAGCACCCCUCCUGCUCCCGUGCAGCCUCUGGCAUCCAUCUCCCGCCAGUUCUUAUGGUCUUUUCUCUUAGGAGUCAAUAGGGAUGGGGGUAACAUAUUUGCUGAAAAAACGUGUAAAGGAGAAAGGUAUGGAGACCAGGGACUGACCAAUUUGUCUCACACAAAAGCAGAGAUAUUAAGGAGGCCGGAUUUCACCCCAGGCUAGACCUCACCACCACCGCUAUCUCUUCAGUUAUUCCCCCCACCUUCCUCAUCCAGUUCUGUCCUCCAUCCCGGGCAGUAGGGUCCCUUUCUCCAUUCUCGGGGCAUCUGCCAUUCCAUCUAUCUAAGCCCAACCUCUCCCCCAAUCCAGAGUUCCAUUCAGUGGAGUCGCCUCCUUGUCCCUCCUCCUCUGAACCCCGAGACAUGCGAGACAUGCGGCCUUGUCUCGGCUCCACCUGUCUCUAAGACCGUCCCCACUC